GAUGGAUGAGGUAAUAUUCCAAAACACACGGAAAAUAAAUAAAAAAUACCAGCCAGCCAGCGUGCGCGUGUUUUGUGCAGCGCUCGGCCAAUCAGGGCCGCCCGAGCCAGUCCUGCCUGUCUGUCUGCCUGCCUGGCCGCCCGCCCGCCAGCCGCCGUUCUUGCCUGCACGCACUCACGCACGCACGCACUCACCCACCCGCCUACCGCUUUACCCUUACUUACUUACUUACUCACUCACCUCUACCCACCUCGUACCAACAACAACCACAACACCACCACCACCGACCCAUCCACCCACCCACCCACCUACCUACCUUUUCUCCCUCCCUAUCCCAACCAACACCGCAUAUCCAUUUCCAAAAUGGCCAACGAGGCCUUGCUUGCGCGAGAGCAAGACUUUCCUCGCCCGGCUCUGCGAGCAGGCUGAGCGCUACGAUGAGAUGGUCACUUUCAUGAAGGAAGUCGCAAAGAUUGGCGGUGAAUUGACCGUCGACGAGCGCAACCUCCUCUCCGUUGCCUACAAGAACGUAGUCGGCACGCGACGUGCUUCGUGGCGCAUCAUCUCGUCCAUCGAGCAGAAGGAGGAGUCCAAGGGCUCUGACAAGCACGUCAACACCAUCCGCGAGUACCGUAAGAAGAUCGAGGAGGAGCUUGAGCAGGUCUGCCAGGAUGUCCUCAACGUGCUCGACGACUCCCUCAUCCCCAAGGCCGAGUCCGGCGAGUCCAAGGUCUUCUACCACAAGAUGAAGGGUGACUACCACCGUUACCUCGCCGAGUUCGCCUCUGGUGAGAAGCGCAAGGUCGCUGCUACUGCUGCCCACGAGGCCUACAAGUCCGCUACGGAUGUCGCCCAGACCGAGCUCACUCCCACGCACCCCAUCCGUCUCGGUCUGGCCCUGAACUUCUCGGUCUUCUACUACGAGAUCCUGAACUCCCCCGACCGUGCUUGCCACCUCGCCAAGCAGGCCUUUGACGAUGCCAUUGCCGAGCUCGACUCGCUUUCGGAAGAAUCCUACCGCGACUCGACUCUGAUCAUGCAGCUCCUCCGCGACAACCUGACCCUCUGGACAUCGUCGGAUGGCGCCGAGGCCGAGACCUCGGGCGAGGGUGCCGCCGCCACCACCCCCGCUGGAUCCAAGGAGGAGCCCGCCAAGGCCCCUGCUGCCGAAGCUGAGAAGCCCGCUGAGCCCGCCGAGGAGACACCUGCUGCCCCCGCGGCCGCCUAAACACUUUUCCCUCUUCCCCUGGCCUUGUGUACCUUCACUAGUCACCCACGUCAAGUUUCGGGUAGAAGGAGGCGACUGUCUCGGCAACGAGCGUCUUUGGAGUUGAGUGUGUAUGUGUGUGUUUAAAAUCGGAUUUUCAGCGAGCGGACGGAUUCCCCCCCUACGACUUAUGUGUUUUCCUCUCUCCCAACCAGCACAACCCCCUUUCGACGUGCACGCUGCGGCGGACCGGCUGUUUGGUGUUCUCAGCGCCCCCCUCUGCUGCGUCUCCAU